AAAAUGGUACAGUCCAAAAUGUCAUCAAAACAUUAGACACAACGUAGUAUUGGUUUUGUAUGUAGGCCUACUGUUUUAUAUUAUCCUAAGUAGUGAAUUUAAGACAUAGGCUCCUAGAUAAACUAUCUAAAUAUGAACAGAUCGAAAGUGCUAUCAUUGUACCGCCAGCUUUUGAGAAUUUCGAUGACCUGGAAAGCGAGCACAGGAAACAAACAAGAUACAUUUGCUGAACGAAAUUACAUAAGGGAUGAAACAAGGACCCUGUUUAGAAAGAACAAGGGAGUGACAGGAGAAGAGAUCAGGUUAUGUACGCAAGAAGCUGAGACUCGCCUGGAAAUGGCUCUACACUACGGUACACCAUUUCCUAGACCGGUAAACAUUCCACAUCAGGGCUUACCACUGUCAGUCAGCAAAGGCAAGAAAGCUCAAGACAGAUUGCGACGAAUUUCAAAGCCAGUGUACUUGCACUCCCAUGACGAGACGUGAAGCAAUAAACGUAAAUUGAGUAGUGAUCGUCUAUAACCAUCGGAUGUUGUCGAUGAAGCUACGCAACUUCAAUGUGGCCAAAACAAUAUUCAACUAGCAGUGUAACACUUUUAUAACAGUCAAGUAACACUUUCAUACACUCAAGAGAGAAUAUUAAGAAGAGAUACUGUAGCUGUUAACGCGACAUAUGCAUUAAAUUUCGUAAAAGGAA